UGCAAGCGGUCUUACAGAAUUUGCAAAAAUUUCGAGCGCGUGGUAUUUUAUGCCGCACUUUAUUUCGCCACUGGAAGUAAGUUUCGGAUUGUCUAGUUGCAGACCAAGUGAACGACCAGUACCAGAGCAAGUGCACCCAAGUCCCGGCGAUCCAUUUCGAUGUCUGAGGGCAGUGGAAGCGAGAAUGCGGCCGCAGCAGAGGCGUCGGCAGAGGCAGCGGCCGAGGCAGAGGCGGCGACCGAGGCCGCGCUGAUGGCAGAGGCAGUGGCGGUGGCCUACCAGAGCGAGGAUGAGGAGGCGGAGGUCGAGGUCGAGGAGGAUCAGGAGGCGGCCGAUAACCAGGACGAGGAGCCCGCCGAACAGCAGGAUGGCGAGGGGGAAGCAGAGGCCGAGGAGGAUGCCGACGCCAUGAGUGUGGAAAACGCGGAAAACGAAAGCGACAGCGGUGGAAAUCCGGAGGAGGCUGCUGCCGCCGACCGCCGCCAGGCCACCAAAAAGGAACUCACCCAGAUCAUCGACAAGUGGGAGCAGCAGCAGACCCAAAAUGGCUACGAUCCAGUGCCCACUUUGAGGAGUCUGGCGGAGAUCUUUGAGCGCGAGAAGGACGUUUACCGGCGCAAGGACCCAGAUCCCUUGGACUCGCGACAUCCCUACAGAGCCGAUCCCAGCUGCCAGUACGGAUUGCUGCUGAAGCUGCUCUUUCGCAAGGAUACCUUUAUGAGCAAACUACUCAACGACUAUCUGCGUGAGAACUACUUCAGUCGCCAGAGCGUUAGUCGCAGUUCUCUGGAACUGAACAUCCUGGCCUGCCGCCUCAUCCUGGAGAUCAUGCCGGGCAUGGAGACCUCUGCCGUCUUCCAGACCGCCGAAGGUGACGGCACCAUCAACCGCAUCUACACCUGGGCAGAGGACAGCAUUGAACCGCUGCAGAGCUAUGCCACUGGACUUUUGGCGGAAGCCAUGGAAGUCAGCGACAUUGCCAUCAACUUCCGGGAUCAGAACAUCCGCCUGGUGCCCAAGAUGAUCAAGCGCCUGCACAUGCUGCUGGCCAUCAGCAAGAGUCCGGAUGCGAAUACCUCGCUAAACAACCAAUCGGCGGACAGCAGUGCGGCGGGAAUGCUCAGCUGGGUGGCCUGCGCCAGCAAUGCCUCUGCACCGCAGUCGCCGCAGCACAAUGGCAGCGGAAUGGGAGCCAGUUCCUCGCAGCAUGGCGACGCCUCCAAUAUGUCCAUACUCUUCGAGAACAGCAGGGAUGCCUUUCCCGUGUCCCGCUAUUACAAACGGAUGUACAUCCCAUUGCAUCCGCCCACGGCGGACACCAGCCAAAUGCUAAUCAUGCGCUUCCUAACCAGCCUCGGCGAAUAUCAGGAGUUCCUGGCCAUGGCCUUUGAAAACAAUGUGAUGCAGCUGAUCUUCGGCUACCUGGAGAACUUGGAUCGCAGAGACACCUGCUUGGCCUACGAGGUUCUCAAGUAUCUGGCUUCGCUUCUCUGCCACAAGAAGUUUGCCUUGGAGUUUAUUUCCCACGGCGGACUGGAGUUACUUUUAAAAGUACCACGCCCCAGUUUGGCCACCACAGGCGUUUCCAUCGCCAUCUACUACCUCGCCUACUGCGAGGACGCCAUGGAGCGCAUCUGCAGUAUGCAACGUUCACUCAUUUCGGAGCUGGUGCGCUACGCCCUUUGGAUCCUGGGUCGCUGCCAUGACUCCUCCAAGUGCCAUGCCACCAUGUUCUUCAGUCUGAGCUUCCAGUUUAAGGUUAUUCUAGAGGAGUUCGAUGCCCAGGAUGGACUGAGAAAGCUCUACAAUGUGAUCUCCGUUCUGAAGAUCCUUGAUCCGAGUCACAAUGACAGCGACAACGACUCUGAUAUCAACGAAGAUGUGGAAUGUGCUUCCCGGCAAAUGGUGCGCCAUGUGUGCGUAGCUUUAAAGCGCUAUAUGGAGGCGCACUUUUUCUACAAGUACAACAGCUUCCUGUGCCAGCACAACGCGGCCUCCUCGUCGCCUUCGUCCAACCACUACUUCAACCAGAAUCCCACAGUGGCGGCCAAGCUGAAUUUCGACCAGCUGCACGACCAGAUUCGCACGCUCCAAGAGCACACCUCAAUUCGGGCUCACUGGCAGCCGGUGGAUCAGCUGAUGAAGCUCGGCGGCAUCACCAUGCUGCUCAGGAUCAUCGCCUUUAGCUACGAUUGGGUGAACAGCGGACGCUCGGAGACGGUGCGUUCGGCCUUGGAUGUCUUGAGCGUUUGCUGCAUCAUUCCACGCGUCUACGUGGUUCUCUGCGAACGUCUGCUGAUGCUGGACAAAACUACAACCUCGGGAUUCUGCUCUGUUCUGGGCGCUGCUGCAGGAGAGAUCACCUCGGAUGCGGAGGUUAUUAAGUCUGCUUUAGCGGUGCUCUGUCACUGUGUCUGCUCGCCCAUCAUUCGCAAGGAUAGCGGCAGUAGUCUGAUUAAGUUUGGAAACUCUUCGCGGAAGAACAAGGCUAAUCACAAGUACGCCGAGGAGCUGAUUGAGCGAGUUUGGGAGUGUGUGUGCUCCAACAAUGGCAUCGUAGUGCUGCUAUCGCUGAUGCAGACCAAGGGACCGAUUACGGAUGCGGACUGCAUCCGAGGAAUGGCCUGCCGAGCACUGGCGGGUCUAGCUCGCUCUGAUAGAGUGAGGCAAAUUGUCAGCAAGCUUCCUUUGUUCGCUGGCGGACAGCUGCAGACACUGAUGCGCGAUCCCAUACUCCAGGAGAAGCGGGCCGAGCAUGUGAUCUUCCAGAAAUACGCGCUGGAGCUGCUCGAAAGGGUUUCGGGCAAGACGAAGCCGCUCAACAAUCCGCUGGAUCCGUCGCUCUCCAAUAUGCACAAAGCCAAUGUGAUUGCCCAGACGCGCAUCCAGUACAACAAGCAGCAGCUGUAUCAGCUUAUAUUCGAGCACCUGGAGAGCAAUGGUCUUUCGCAGACGGCACAAAUGCUGCAGCGUGAGGUGGGUCUUCCACUGCAGACGCCGACCACGCGCAGCUUUCAUCAGUCGCCGUUUGACUACAAAUCGCUGCCCAGUGGCAGUGGUUCGCUGUCGAGGAAUCGCCUGCGAAGCCGCAUGCAAGAUGUGAAUGCAGCGAUCAUGGGGAGCACAGAUUUGAACCGGAGCUUUGGCGAGGAUUCAUCGAUGGCUGCGGGAGCAGGAAGCAGCAAUGCGGGCGACGGAGGAGUCAGCAUACCGAACUUUGGCUGCCUCAACACCACGCAGACGCCCAUUAAGAUCAGGAGGACAGAUAGGAACUCGGUGAGCCGCUCGAUUCAGAAGCAAUCGCUGGAGCCUGGCGGCAUGUCGGUGGGUUUGCCGGAUGACGGGCAGCUGCAUCCCAAGAGAAUCACCCUGAAUACCAUCGUCACGGAAUAUCUCACCAAUCAGCACUCGCUGUGCAACAAUCCGGUGACCACCUGCCCGCAGUUCGAUCUGUAUGAGCCGCACAAGUGUCCGGAUCCCAAGCCCAGUCGUCUGUUGAGCUCCAAUUAUAACCUGACCAGCCGGCAUGCUCGCACUCAAGCAGGAUUCAAUACAGGGCGCUUUGAUCGUCGCUAUGUGCACACGCACUUUUCGCCAUGGCGCAGCAUUCGAUCGGCCGACUACGAGGAUUUGGAGUUCACCUGCUGCGAUCUGGUGGGCAAGUACAUCAUCGUGGGCACGCAGCAGGGCGACGGACGAGUGUUCAACAUGAACGACGGCGUGGAGCAGUUCUUCUCCAAUUGCCACAACUUUAGCGUGGAUGCUAUUAAGGCGAACAGAGCUGGAGAUCUGGUCAUCACAUCGAGCUUCUGGCGCACGCCAACCAGCAUUCUGUGGUCCAUCGCCGACGAUGAGUUCAAGUUGAAGCUGCGUCUGCCUGAUGUCACCUACUGUGAGUUUAGCCAGACGGCGCAGGAUCGCCUCCUGGGCACCCAAAAUGAGUGCUGCACGCUCUUUGACAUCAAUACUGGCUCCAAGGUGGCCUCUUUCACGCCAACCAUACCCAAUCUGUACACCAAAAACCGAGCGACUCUCUGUCGAACCGAUGAAUUGAUUUUGUCUGAUGGCGUGCUGUGGGAUGUGCGUUCCGGCAAGGAAAUCCACAAGUUUGAGAAGUUCAAUCAAUGCAUAUCAGGCGUCUUUCAUCCAAAUUGCCUGGAGAUCAUCGCCAACACCGAGGUGUGGGAUCUGCGCACCUUCCACUUGCUGCAGACGGUGCCCGUGCUGGAUCAGCGCAACUGCACCUUCUCGCCGAUGCAUGUGAUCUACGGGGCCAGUUUGGGGGCGGACAGGGACCACGACAUGGAGACGACCACCUACGACACCAGCUUUAAUGUGCUGGACGCGUACGACUACUCGAGCAUUGCGACCAUCGACGUGAAGCGCAACAUCAACGAUCUAAGCGUCAGCGCCAACGGGAGCCUGAUCGCAGUGGUCGAGGACUACAGCGGCUACGAGUCGAAGCAGGAGACCUACGUGAAGAUCUACGCGGUGGGCGUGAAGAAGAGCGAGCGGUCGGAAGAGGAAGAUGAUGAGGAGGUGCCCGAAUCUGAUGAGGACGGUUCGGAAACGGGCUCCGAGAACACUUUUGCUCUAGGUCCGAAUUUCAUGGGAUUCCCGCUGCUGCGCAACCUGGGACUCGGCUCGGAUAACGACGACGACGACGGCGACCUGGAUGAUGACGGCGAUGAUGGAGACCUGAUGGACUCCGAUGACGACAUGGACGACGACGACGGUUCCGACAAUGGCGAUGACGAAGGCGACUUUGAAGACGUGCUCGAAUACUUCGAGAGGAGCAGCUCAGACGAUUGAGCCCUCCUCCACCACCGAUCCACCUCCACCACCACCGAUCCACACUGCUCCAUUGUUGUCCCCCUGUUUCACGUCUCGUCUCGUUCGAUCCUCUCUGUUGUCCUUCAGCGUGCAUCAUCGAGGGAUGAGAUAUCAGCAAACGUCGAUAGUUUUAGUCAUUUAGUUUUUAGGCUGUUACCAUUUACACCUUUAUAUUGUUAUUUUUGAAUUUUGUACAAACAAACAACACAUACGAAUGCCGCAGGAUUGCAUUGUAGCCAGCAAGAGAUAAUUAUUGGGAUCGCAUGAUGAGUACCGACUGUGAGAAUCAAAUCUGUAAAUUGUCCAACAAUUUCCAUUGUACAAACCUAAAUAAGAAUUGUAUACUUUUGCUAUAAAAACAAAAUAAACGAUUGUGUUAGAAUCAAAUGUUUAUCGUACGCUGUGUAACCAUCUAGGUAAUCCUAGAAACAAUUGAACAUGUAUAAUUUUAAGCCCCAAUUCUGUAAUCCCUUAUAUUUUGCAGACUUUUCAUGCGCCAAUCUAAGUGAUCAGAACCGUAUACUAAGUAAUUAGAAAAGAAUUAAAUAUUUCGUUUCAGAAAUUUGAAAAUUAUA